AUGUCUAAGCCAGCAAUCGGUUUCGUUGGCCUUGGAGCCAUGGGCUUCGGUAUGGCCACCAACCUGGUGAACGAGGGAUACCCAGUUCACGGGUUCGACGUGUUCCCCGCAUCAGUGGAGAGAUUCAAGGCCGCUGGCGGUAUCCCCGCUUCUUCAUUGCGGGAUUCAGCUAGUGACAAGCAAUACUACAUUUGCAUGGUCGCAUCAGCUCCGCAGGUUCAAUCAGUAUUGUUCGGCGAAGGUGGCAUUGUUGCUGGACUUCCCCAAGAUGCGACCCUCAUUCUGUGCUCGACAGUCCCUGCUUCAUAUGCCCAGUCUGUCGCCGAGGAUCUUGUUCGUCGUGGCCGUGGAGAUAUUCACUUUAUCGAUGCGCCGGUGUCGGGUGGUGCAAAGCGCGCUGCGGAUGGAACACUCUCUAUCAUGGCUGGAGCCCCAGACGCGGCACUGGAGAGCGGCCGUUUCUUAUUGGAGGCCAUGUCUGAUACCGACAAGCUGUACCUAGUGCCGGGGGGAAUUGGGGCUGGUAGCAACAUGAAGAUGGUACACCAGGUUCUUGCGGGUAUCCAUAUCCUCGGUGCCAGUGAAGCUAUGGGCUUUGCAGCGCAACUAGGCUUGCUUGCCGAUACUACCGCAGAGGCUAUUAAGUCGUCGGUGGCAUGGACAUGGAUGCACGAGAACCGCUUGGAUCGCAUGAUGGAGGAGGAUUGGAACCCUGGUGCUAGUGCUCUGACGAUUAUUCUGAAGGACGUUGGAAUCAUUACCACUUCCGCUCGUCAGAACCAGUUCCCUACCCCUCUUUGCUCCACGGCUGAGCAGAUCUACCUAGCAGCUCUUUUGCAAGGCUAUGGUCCCGUUGAUGAUUCUGCUAUGAUUCGCCAGUACUUCCCUAACCCAAUCAAGGAUGUCUCGAAUACCCUUGACUUGAGCGAAGAGGUUGAUUUGCGGCAGCUAGUUUUGGAUAUGAUGGAGGUGACAAAUCUGGUUGCCACAGCUGAAGCAAUUGCAUUUGCACGUCACCUCAAAGUGGAUCUUCAGCAGUUCUAUAACCUUGUCAGUAAUGCUGCCGGCUCUAGCCGCCAGUUCAUGACAAGGGGGUUAGAAAUGAUCGAAGGGGCAAUCGACAUGCAACCUGGAUCGGAGACUAUUGAUGACGCCAUUUUGAGAAUGGACAGAGCCGUACAAAAGGCGAGAGAUAUUCACUGCCCACUGCAUCUUGGAAAUGCAGCAAUCAACACGUUGUUCAUGGCUAAGCGGGCUGGCUUUGGGGGUGAAAGCAGUAUUAGCGUUAUGCAGGUAUAUGGACUUGGACUUACAUUGUAA